AAUUAGAAGAACUACAUCACAAGCUGCAGGAAUUAAAUGCACAUAUUGUUGUGUCAGAUCCAGAAGAUAUUACAGAUUGCCCAAGGACUCCAGAUAUUCCAAAUAGUGACCCUCGUUGUUCUACUAGCAACAAUAGAUUGAAGGCUCCCUUCGUCAGCGGCGGCCGCGUCCAGGUGCGGAGUCCAUACCGGAGUGCAAUGGCGUCCAACCCCCAACGGGGGGAGAUUCUGCUCACGGAACUGCAGGGGGAUUCCCGAAGUCUUCCGUUUUCUGAGAAUGUGAGUGCUGUUCAAAAAUUAGACUUUUCAGAUACAAUGGUGCAGCAGAAAUUGGAUGAUAUCAAGGAUCGAAUUAAGAGAGAAAUAAGGAAAGAACUGAAAAUCAAAGAGGGAGCUGAAAAUCUGAGGAAAGUCACAAGAGAUAAAAAAAGUUUGUCUUAUGUAGACAACAUUUUGAAAAAAUCAAAUAAAAAAUUAGAAGAACUACAUCACAAGCUGCAGGAAUUAAAUGCACAUAUUGUUGUAUCAGAUCCAGAAGAUAUUACAGAUUGCCCAACGACUCGCAGAUCGCAGCAAAGGUUUCAGUUUAAUCUGCAAGAUUUCAGGUGUUGUGCUGUCUUGGGAAGAGGACGGUUUGGAAAGGUGCUUUUAGCUGAAUAUAAACACACAAAUGAGAUGUUUGCUAUAAAAGCCCUAAAGAAAGGAGAUAUUGUGGCUCGACAUCAAGUAGACAUCCUGAUGUGUGAAAAAAGAAUUUUUGAGACUGUGAAUAGCGUAAGGCAUCCCUUUUUGACGAACCUUUUUGCAUGUUUCCAAACCAAAGAGCAUGUUUGCUUUGUAAUGGAAUAUGCUGCCGGUGGGGACCUAAGGAUGCACAUUAAUACUGGUGUCUUUUCUGAACCAACAGCUGUAUUUUAUGCUGCUUGUGUAGUUCUUGGGUUGCAGUAUUUACACGAACACAAAAUUGCUCAUAGAGAUUUGAAAUUGGAAAACUUAUUGCUAGAUACAGAGGGCUUUGUGAAAAUUGCUGAUUUUGGUCUUUGCAAAGAAGGAAUGGGAUACAGAGAUAGAACAAGCACAUUUUGUGGCACUCCUCUAUAUCUUGCCCCAGAAGUAUUAACAGAAAUUUCCUAUACAAGGGCUGUAGAUUGGUGGGGCCUUGGCGUGCUUAUAUAUCAAAUGCUUGUUGGUGACUAUCCCUUUCUUGGUGAUGACGAAGAGAAACUUUUUGACAGUAUUGUAAAUGACGAAGUAAACUAUCCAAGGUUCUUAUCUACAGAAGCCAUUUCUAUAAUGAGAAGGCUGUUAAGAAGAAAGCCUGAGCGGCGCCUUGGGGCUAGCAAGAAAGAUGCAGAAGAUGUAAAAAAGCACCCAUUUUUCCGGCUAAUUGAUUGGAGCGCUCUGAUGGACAAAAAAGUAAAGCCACCAUUUAUACCCACCAUAAGAGGACGAGAAGCUGUUAGCAAUUUCCAUGAUGAAUUUACCUCAGAAGCACCUAUUCUGACUCCACCUCGAGAACGAAGGAUACUUUCGGAAGAGGAGCAGGAAAUGUUCAGAGAUUUUGACUACACUGCUGAUUGGUGUUAAGUUGCUAGACACUGCGAAACCAAGCUGACUGACUCACAAGAAGACCUCUUAAAAAUAGCAAGCCUUCAUUUGCUCUCUGUGCCACCAAUAGCUUCUGAGUUUUGUUUUGUUUUUUUUUUUUUAAUUGAAACACGUGAAGAUUUGUUUAAAAGUACCAUUCUAAUACUUCUUCAAAAGUGGCUUCUCAUUGUACUUCAGCGUAAAUAUGAGCACCGGGAACAGUUUCAUGGAGUUUAAGUUGAGUGAACAUCGGCCAUGAAAAUCCAUCACAAAUACUUUUGGAUCAAUAGUCUAUUUUAA